AUGACGAGUCCCAACAUACCGCCCGAACAAGGCCAUGACAGCCCUGAACCCUCGCAAGAUUCGAACGCACUAGACGCAGAUAUUGCUGAGAAAGGUGUCGGCGAUGCCGAGCCGGACACAAGUCCGUAUUACCACGGCAAGCGCCUCGCCAUCGUCGUGGUCUCUCUUCUGCUCGGGACUUUCUUGAUAGCUCUGGACAAUACUAUUAUCGCCACGGCAAUUCCACGAAUCACCGACGAGUUCCAUGGCCUCGACAAGGUGUCGUGGUACAGCUCAGCCUACUUCAUGACCUUUGGCGGGUUCCAGUCCACCUGGGGGAAGAUUUUCAAGUACUUCGACUUGAAAAUCUAUUUCCUCACCGCCAUCGCCAUCUUCGAGAUCGGCAGUCUCAUCUGCGGUGUUGCUCCGGGGCCUACGACAUUGAUCGUUGGCCGGGCCAUCGCAGGAGUCGGCGGCGCUGGCGUAGCCGCAGGCGGAUUCACCAUCAUCGGCUUCGUUGCCGAGCCUAAGCUGCGACCUCAGGUGAUAGGCUUCAACGGGGCAGCGUAUGGCAUCGCUGCCGUGCUCGGCCCUCUCCUCGGCGGCGCCUUCACUGACAAUGUCAGCUGGCGCUGGUGCUUUUAUAUCAACCUACCCAUCGGUGGGGUGGCCGCUGCCAUUCUGUUGUUCUUCUUUUACACCCCGAGUCACGCAAAGCCCGCUCAGGCCAGUAUGAAAGAGAAAUUCCUGCAGUUGGAUCUCAUUGGGGCGGCUCUGGUCAUGAGUCUGAUCGUCUGUUACAUCCUGGCCCUCCAGCGCGGCGGGCAGGCCGAGCCUUGGAGCAGCAGCACCGUCAUUGGCCUGCUCGUUGGCUUCGUCGCCAUCACUGUUGUCUGUAUCGGUUGGGAGAUCUACCAGGGCGAGCGUGCCAUGUUGAUCCCACGGUUGUUCAAACAACGAUCGGUAUGGGUCAGCUCCAUCUUCCAAUUCUUUUUUGCUGGCUCGUACUUUGUCAUCCUCUACUAUCUCCCGAUCUAUUUCCAAAGCGUCUUCAACGUCGAUGCAGUCGGAUCGGGCGUGCGUAACCUUCCCCUCAUCAUCGCGCUCACCAUAGCGGCCAUCGUCGGAGGUCCGCUCCUGGCCAAAAUCGGGUAUGCGACGCCCUUCCUGCUGUUCGGUGCUGGUCUCGGCACGAUUUCCUGUGGCCUCUUUUACAUGCUCAAUGUCCACACUUCGGCUGGCAAAUGGAUCGGCUAUCAGAUCCUAUGCGGCAUAGCCAGUGGCGGAACAUUCCAGGUCCCCAUCUCCGUCGUCCAAGUCCAAGCCAAGCCGGAGGAUAUGGCCGCUGUCACCGCCAUUGUCUUCUUCUUCCAAAUGAUCGGUGGAUCGUUCACCCUUUCAGCAGCGCAGUCGGCAUUCAACAACAGAAUGCUGUCCACCCUGGCCUCCACGGCUCCGGGCGUCGACCCGGCCACCGUCCUGGUCACCGGCGCCACGCAGAUCCGCGACGCCUUCACAGCUGCCCAGGUCCCGGGCGUGGUGGCCGCGUACAUGGAGGGGCUCAAGGUCGUCUUCGCCAUCUGCAUCGGCACUUUCGGCACCGCCUUCCUGUUCGCCACGUGUGCAGGCUGGAAGAAGCUUGAUCCCGAAGGUCUGAAAGAAGCGGGAGGUGCUGCGUGA